AUGGUUUCUGCCCUGCCCCCGGAUCCUGUGUGGUCCUAUAAAAGCCACCUCCUCCGCAGAGCCUCAGACUUGAACCGAUCACUGGCGCAAAAAGUCCUCUGCCUGCAACUCCUCUUCAUCAUCUGCAGACAUGAAUAUAGGUUUGAGUGUGUGUGUCGUCCUGGCUGCUCUCUUCAGCAGUUCCUUGAGUCUGCCUUCACAAACCACGUCACAGAAUACAGAGGCGUCUGA